AUGAUUCGCAGCAAGCGAAAGGAUCGACGCGUUACAGACGACUUCGCUAACCUUGUGGAGCUGGUUCGGCUGAGGGAGGCCAACGUGCGACUUGAAGCGGAGGUCUCUCGCCUUCGGGAGAAAUCUGACCGCCUGGAGGGAGAGAGGCGGCGCCUGUCAGCGCGGCUGGCUGCGGUUCACACGGCGAUGCAGCAGCUGGAGAGGGAGGCUGCCAUUAGGAGCCGCACGCGGGCAGAGGCCACCAUGGGAGUCCAGCAGAAGGGGUGGAACCGGUGGUUCAGUGGGGAUCCCAGUGUCAUGGAGAGGGUGUUGGAGACAGCAGAGGACGCCAGGGUGGAGAGGGCAGCUGCCGCGGCCACAGUGGAGAAGCUUGUGGAGGAGAACGCGCGCCUGGUGCAACAGAUGAACGAGCAGAAGCUGCUGAUAGCGAAUCUGGUUACCACCAUGCGGACCACCGUCGUCCCAAGCAACCCUUCUGGAGCACCGGCAAGCUCCCAGAGCAUCCACGCUGGCCUGACUCCCGUGCUGACUCAGCCUCCGCCAGCUCAUGCCACGUUAGCAGCACCCACGACAGCGGCAGUGCCAGUGCAUGCCACGUCAGCAUCUGAGUACACUCUUAAUGCUGACGUGGCAGGUUUGGUUUCAGUGGAUCAGGCAGCAUUGGCAGGGAAUGAGGGGAGGGUCCCAGCUGCUUAUGCCAGCCAGAAUAUUCAGGACGAGUCGUCCAGGUCUCCAUCCCCUCGCCCAACCGCUCUGCACCCUUCUGCGCCGUUUCCUGCUGCAACGGAUGGUGGUUUCCACAGUGCUGCCAACAUGGCAUCUGUAGCAGCUGGGGAGGAUUCCAGGGGCAAUCAUAGCAGUUUUCUCACAGCAGACACGCCCUCUGCUUUCCUGCAAUCCGCACACGCGUCCUCCUCCUCCCUUGUUGCAGACGCCUCCUCUCUCCUGCCUGUAGUGCGCAGUGCUCCUCCCCCUUGCGCAGCUCUGUGCGCACAGCAACCUACCCCUACCCUGGCUGAAUCCUCCAGCCGAUACCCUGCCAUCUGGCCAGUGACUUACAGUGAGAGGGAAUUGGAAGGAGCAGAAGGUGGGGGAGGAGGAAGAGGGGUGGAUGAAGGGGCAGGAGCAGUCGCUGUGACUGCGUCAUUCGCGUCGCACCAAUUUGACCGCGGUUGCCUUCCGUGUAACUUCGAAGCGCAUUCAUGCCAGUUGCGUUUCACGGACAUUGCUGCCUGGCAUAACUUGUGCGGAGGCUGGUGCUAG